UUGCAGAUUCCUUCUUCCUCAAUUAACUUUCUACCAUGUCUCUUGCAGUUCUUUAGAGGCCUUAAUGUCACUGCAGAUCAAAAGAAGUUCUUCAAGAAAGCAUUGCACUCAUAUUAUGAUGCUGUAGCUGAACUACUUCAAUCUGAGCAUAAUUCUCUUCGAAUGCUGGAACUUGAGAAUGCAAAGAUCUUGAGUGCUAAAGGGGAGCUUAGCGAUGAGAAUGCAGCUUCGUACGAGAAGCUUAGGAAAUCUUAUGAUCACUUAUUUCGUGGUGUCUCCUCUUUAGCUGAGGCCCUUGAUAUGCAGCCUCCAGUAAUUGCAGAUGAUGGGCACACGACUAGGUUAACCACAGGUGUGGAUGUAUCAUCUUCCGCUUCUGGAAAGGAGUCUUCUGUGCUUGAACCUGUGUGGGGAUGAUGAAGACACAAGGGCAUUUUAUGAAUCCUUACCUGAUCUGAG